AUGCUGCUGCUGCCACCCUCGAGGAUACGCUACGAGAUCACCCAGGGGAACAUAGGAGGAGCGUUUGCGGUGAAAAACGAGACUGGCGCCAUCUACGUGGCAGGCCCGCUCGACUACGAGACCAGGAAAGAGUUUCGACUGCGGCUGGUGGCAUCAGAUAACCUCAACGAGAACCACACAACAGUGCUCAUCAAGGUCAAGGACGUCAAUGACAAUGCUCCCAUCUUUGAUCGUCCCACAUAUGAGGCCCAGAUCACUGAGGAGAAUGACCGGAACCUUCCUCAGAAGAUACUUCAGGUGACAGCAACUGAUGGCGACAAGGAUAGGGAAUCCUUGAUAGUUUACUUUCUGACGGGUCAAGGUGUUGAUGAGGACCCUGGUAACAGCAAGUUUGCAAUCAACACAACCACUGGAGAGAUAUAUGUACUAAAACCAUUGGACAGGGAUCUUCCCCAUGGACGAUCCCAGUGGCGCUUCACCGUCUUUGCAGAGGAUGAAGGGGGCAACGGUUUGGUGGGCUUUGCGGACGUUCUCGUCAACCUCAAGGACGUCAAUGAUAAUGCCCCCUUCUUCCCAUCAGCAAUUUACACGGGUAAUGUCACGGAAAAUGGAACAGCUGGUAUGACUGUGAUGACAAUGACUGCUACAGACUAUGACGAUCCCAAUGAGGGCAACAAUGCACGGCUUGCGUAUUCCAUUGAGCAAAACCAGGUUAAUGAAAAUGGGGAACUCAUUUUCACCAUCGAUGAAGAAACUGGUGUUAUCUCAACCGCAGUCUGCUGUCUAGAUCGUGAGACAAACCCAGAGUACACCAUCAAAGUGGUGGCUGUUGACGGCGGGGGGCUGAAAGGUACUGGGACCGCCACAAUCAAGAUCAAGGAUAUCAAUGACAUGCCUCCAGAGUUUACCAAGAAAGACUGGUUUGUAGAUGUUGAAGAGACUGAAGCAGACAAUAUUCCUGAGAAUCCAAUCUUGGUUGUGUCAGUCAACGAUGGAGAUCUACUAGAAACUAAUCGAUUUAGCUACAAAGUUAUUGACAACACAUUUGGCUCUGAUAAGUUCACUAUGGUCACCAAUUCCGAUGGAACUGGUUCACUGAAGAUUGCCAAGCCUCUUGACUAUGAGGAUUUGCAGCAACGGUUUGGCUUCAAUAUCACUAUUCAAGUUAGUGACAAUGGCGGUGAAUCCACUGAUCCCUACCAUGCGGACUAUGCUAAAGUAAAAGUCAGAGUUAAGGACAUAAAUGACAACAAACCAGAGUUUGAACGUCCUAACAUCGAAGUGUCAGUCCCGGAGAACUCCACUGUCGGCUCAAGUCUGGCAACAUUCAAAGCCACAGACGCUGACCAAGGUGGAAAGUCACGUGUCAG